UCCAGAUGUCUACUACACAUGUCAGUGUGAUAUCAUGUGGUGCAUCGUGUCCCGUAUAGUAUGUGGGUUACGUCUUCUAUUUAAUUUACCAUCUAGCUCAUGAUAUGUCAAACACUAAACAAAUGAUCGACACUCUUUGUUGCUUGUGCAGCUAUUGAGACUUGGUUUCUGUUGAUAUGUCAGUGGAGGAUCUGAGCGCAAAAUUGUUGCAAAAGGUUGCUGCAUUGCCUGCCUGAUAAUUUGCAACUGUUGGGCUAAAUUUAGCAAAACAGACACACCCACGUGAUUAAUGAUAUUCAUUGAUAUCAACUAUUUCCUGUUUGAUUAUUUAUAAAUAAUUACUCAAACAGGAAAAUUGUUGAUAUAUAUAUGUUUGACUGUGGUUUUGCGAGCAGUUGCAAUUAGCCUCGCCCCAGACGCAGUGUGGAUUGCAGCCCCGGAUGCACCGCCAUCACCACGUGGUGACUUUUAUCAUUUUCUACGUGAAGUACACCAACAAGUCUCAAUGGCUGCAGCGCAAGCAGUAGGAACUGUGAAUCGUUACGUCUUUUGUAACAACAAAGGAGGAGUGGGUAAGACGACCCUCUGCUUUCAUGCGGCAACUUGUUAUGCUGAAAAGAAACUAUCCCAACAAAAUGUCCUUGUAGUGGACAUGUCUCCACAGAAAAAUCUUUCCAACCUCCUUUUGAAAACAAUGGCAGAUGCUGAAUUCAAAGCAGAUGCUACAGUCACUCUGGCAACAGACAAUCCACCCAGGACAAUAUUUGGGUACUUACAACAGGAGUUUAAACUGGAACAGGGAGGAGUAGCUGCUGGUGCUGGUGCUGGGUAUCGACUUUAUGGUGAUGGUCUAGAUAAAUCUGAGAACUACUUUGUUGUUCAAGUAAGGCGCUUCAAUUAUCAAGUUGAAGACAAUCUCUACCUUCUUUGCGGUGACUUGAGACUAGAUAAUAUAUGUAAGGAAUUGGAAAGCGAGAGGCAGGGUUCGUGCUUUCAGUGGAAAACCAUCACUUUCUGUCUUGACAAGUUUAUCAAUGAGUUUACUAGACAACAUUAUUAUGACAAACCGUGGGUUGUGUUUAUUGACACGAGUCCUGCUUUAGCGCUUUACACAGAAAUGGCCUGGGCAGCUGCAGAUAAAAUGAUUAUACCUUAUAAUAAUGAUGUCUUCUGUACGGGUGCAUUGGAUGAUUUGUUUUGGAUGAUCUAUGGAAUUGGAAACGAAGAACAUUACACCAUGGGUGAUUACUCUUACGAUAAGGCAUUAGAAGAAUGUGGAAUGACUAUACGUGUGCCAAGAAUUUGUCUUAUCAUCAACAACAAAACAACCACUUAUAGCGAGAUGCCUGCCAAAGCUUUUAGACUUCAUGAAAUGAAAAAGAAGAUUAAAUUUCUAUAUAAGAAAUACCCAGGCUGCUUUGUUCAAGAGGCCUGCUUUGAACGUGUCACACUUGAUAUGUGUGAUUUCCACACUCCUGGAGUAGUGUCUCUGUAUAACAGUUGUCCGUUCUACAAGAUGAGAACUAGUCGGUACAACUUCUAUGGAGAAAGACUACGAGUGAAUACAGACAAAAUUAAGGACUGUAGGGUUGGAAUUGAUGCUCUAGUGGCGAAGCUCUGAGUUUCUACAGAAAUGAUGCAAACUAAGAUUUUGCCAAUUUAUUCUAGCCUUUACUAUUAGUGCAAGGUAAUUAGAAGUAUUGUAGCUCUGGAGUGGCCAUUUUUACUUGCCAUUUGUUUGUAAGCUUGCUACUAAAAAUACUACAUACCAGGCACUACUGACAUUACAGAUCACUUUUUAGAUAUUAAUACAUUCAGCAAGAGAUAUCCA